AUGCACAAUCAAAAUUCCAAAUCCUUUUUGAUUCGAGACCUUUUGGGGGAUUUAAUUAAUCAUCAGCAGCAACAAAAUGAAGAUGAUUCGGAUAUAUCUGACAACAAUUCGGAUAUAGAUAUUGAAGAUCGUUCAUCUCCUGAUUCAGAAGCUCUGAAUUGUCAUUAUGCAGGUGGAGGAAAUUCCCUGUCAAAUGGCCAUUUCAAUCUGAGCAACAAUGAAUCCAGUCUUGAUUCCUCAAGUUAUCAAAAUGACAACGAUGCCGCUGCCAGUGGCCAGCCACAGGGACAAACGCACCCCAGUUUUCUCAAUGAUCCCAAAAUGAACUUGGUGAAAAGUGGUCGCAAACCAAGACGUCGACGCACAGCCUUUACCCAUGCCCAGUUGGCGUAUUUAGAAAGGAAAUUUCGUUGUCAGAAAUAUUUGAGUGUGGCCGAUCGCAGUGAUGUGGCGGAAACAUUAAAUUUAUCUGAAACACAGGUUAAAACUUGGUAUCAAAAUAGAAGAACCAAAUGGAAGCGCCAAAAUCAAUUGCGCUUGGAACAGUUACGCCAUCAGGCCACCAUGGAAAAAGAAUAUGUCGGCGAUGGUACGGGCAAUCCUUUGGGUUGUUGCCCACCUGGCCUAUCUUCGUUCAACACAACAAAUCCCUGCAAUUUUUUAACAUCAGCAGCAGCGGCAGCCUUAUUCCGUAACGUGGGCUAUGUUCAUGGAUGUCCCCUGUAA